CAGAGGCGGGGGGGCUAAAAGAGAAGAAGAAAAAAUCAAUUCCCCCCGUCUCGUCCACUCGCCCAAGCCCCAGAUCGCCGCCGCGCCCCGCCCGCCAUGGCGGCCGGCCUCCUCGCGGCCGCCGCCGCCUGCGCCACCCUCCUCGUGUUCCUCGCCCCCGCCGUCUCAGGAGAUGGUGCCACACUGGAAUCUGUUCCAGAUCUUGUCAAGGCAAUGUACGUAGACAUUGAGAGCUUCCCUUGUGUCAGGCUGCUGAAUCUUUCUGGUGAAAUCGGCUGCUCCAAUCCUGGGCAUGGCCAGAUUAUUGCACCGGUUGUAAGAUUCAACAGCAUUGACCAGCUGGUUCAACCGUCCGCAGUUCUUCUUCCCUUAGAUCAGAUGUCAGAUUUCUUCCUGAGGGUAUCCAAGGAUCCAGAACUUUACCAUAUGGUUGCUGGUGUACUGGUUGAGUCAAAUGGUGUGCAUAGCAACUUACUAGAGCUGUCACCGGAUAGAAAAUUUCCACAAGAGGAGUUUGCACCAUACUCAAAUGUCAGCCAUGAUUGGAAUUCCGCUGGGUCAGGUAUUAUGUGGAACAGAUAUGCCUUUCCUGCUUUUCUACUUUCAGAAGAGAGCACACAAACUCUGCGGAAGAUUGCGGACAAGAAUGAAAAGUCUAACAAUGGAUAUCAACCAAAUGUGGCGGAAUUUGACCUUGUUAUGCAGACAACAAAAGCUGAAACACAUGACUCAGAGUCCUGCCUCAAAGCGCAGUCGUGCUUGCCCUUAGGAGGACAGAGUGUCUGGGCUUCGUUACCAGCAAUGAGCAAUGCAUCCAUGAAGGAUCAGAAACCAAUUAUAAUGGUCGUUGCAUCCCAGGACUCUGCAUCGUUCUUUCGGGACCGUAGUCUGGGUGCUGAUUCUCCCAUAUCAGGAUUGAUUGCUUUGCUCACUGCUGUUGAUGCUCUUUCUCACCUUCAUGAUCUAAGCAAACUCAAGAAACAGCUUGUGUUUGCUGCUUUUGAUGGUGAAGCCUGGGGUUAUCUUGGUAGCAGAAAGUUCUUACAGGAAAUAGAUGAAGGUGAUGAUUCCGUGAAUGGCAUUAACAGCUCAAUGAUUGAGCAGGUACUGGAGAUUGGUUCUGUUGGCAAGGGCAUAAGUCAAGGACAUCCAUUAUUUUAUGCACAUUCUUCAAGGAAUUCAUCAAUUUCAAAGAAGAUGUUAGAUGGACUCCAAAGUGGUAGUGAUUCACUUGGUUCUGAUAAUGUUAAAGUAAAACCAGCAGCUACAUCAAACCCUGGUGUACCACCAUCUUCUUUAAUGGCAUUCAUGAGAAAGAAUACAUCAACUUCUGGAGUUGUGUUAGAGGACUUUGAUUCCCGAUUUUCCAAUAAAUUUUAUCACAGCUAUUUGGAUAACCCUGCAAACAUCAAUUCUUCAUCAAUAGCAGCAGCUGCUGCUUUGGUUGCCAGAUCAUUGUACAUUCUUGCUACUGCUGAUAUGCCUGUCGAUCUCAUGACACUGAACACUAUAAGAGUGAAUGUUACACUGGUAGAAGAACUGAUUGGAUGUCUACUGACCUGUGAUCCCGGUCUUUCGUGUGGCAUCACGAAGAGCUUCAUUUCUACAAGCAGUUCAUGUCCAAGUCAUUAUGUUGGUGUUUACCAGGAUUCAGCUUCUAGCACGCAGUUUCCUUCACAUGCAGAUGAUACCUCCCGGUUUAUAUGGAACUUCUUGGCAGACAGGACUGGUACUUUGGCAGGCAACAUAAGCUCUUGCACUGGGAAGUGCAGCGAUGAAAAUGAAGUAUGCGUAGGGGCAGAAGUCGAGGGUGGAGGCAGGUGUGUUGUAUCAACAACCAGGUAUGUCCCUGCCUACUCCACCAGGCUGAAGUUUGAGGACAAUGUCUGGCAUGUUCUCCCAGCCAACUCGUCGGACCCUAUGGGUGCUGCAGACCCUGUGUGGACCGAGAGCUACUGGAACACUAUCAGUCUGAGGGUCUACGCGGUGCAGUCCAUGACUUCUGACUGGCUCGUUCUUCUCGCUGGGCUCGUUGUGACCGCCGGCUCAUACCUUGGGGUGAUCGUUGGCAGAACGUAUAUAUCGAAGAUCACAAAGCGAGACUGAAUAUCAACACUUGGACUUGGCCCACUAGUUCUGGGGACCUUGUAAUGUGUACCCUGAUGCCAGUUUAGGAAUCAUACCAUUUGACCCUGUAAUAGGAAUUUUGAGCCGUAAAGCAUGAGUAGUUUGCCUAACAUGAAUUGAGGUGCCAAAUUUGUGAAUCACUGCAAGAGAUCAUAUGGAGUUGUUCGGUCUCCCAGCUGAUGAGGAGUCUAAUGGAUGUGUAAAUCUUGAUUGUGAUGUAGACUUCAAGAGCAUAUGACCUGGGUGGAUUGUCUUGGUAUGUAUGGAUUUUCUUGGCUGUGCUCA